AUGGACACCAAGACAGAGGAGGUGAAGACAGAGGAUGUGAAGAAUCCUACGGAUGCUUCCCCAGCUAUUAAGCAGCCAGAGUCACAGUCUAAAACCACAGACAACUCUUCUUCUCAACCCACUGCCCCACCACCAGCAGAGUCAUUUCCAGACCCAGAUGAAGAUGAUCUAGAUGACUUAGAUGGCAAGACCACCGCUUCUUUGAAGUUCUAG